AUGGGGCCCCAGCCGGGUGGACAGCCAGCCCUGCCUCCCGUGGGCCCCGACGAGCAGCAGCUGUCUGCGGCCGCUGGAAGCGUGGCUAGUGAUGGGUGGCGUGCCAUAGAGCGGCUGGCGGCCAGCGACGGGUCUUCUGGCGAGAUCGAGACUAUCGCGCACAUCCAGGACAUCUUCAGGCACUUUAGAGCGCUGCUGAGUGACCUGAAGAUGGCAGUUGAUGAGCAAGAGACGCCGGAAGAGCAGCUUCGGAUGUCCCACCACUUGGCACACUACCAGGCCGAGUAUGACAGGGCGCAGGAGGCGUUCAGGGAUGCCAAGCUAGCGCUGCAGCGCACGCGGGAGCUGGCGUACAUGCGGCAGCAGCGCGCCGAGCUGAUCGGCUCGCUGGACUACUCGGCGCGGCAGCGCAAGUUCCAGUCAGAGCAGGAGCUGCUGCAGGGCCACGAAGACGUCACCGCGGCGCUGCGGCGGACGCGCCAGCUGAUGAUGCAGAAUGUGGAGCAGCAGCACGGCAACCUGUCUGUCCUAGACACCACCAACGUGAAGCUGGCGAACACCCGCGACGAGCUGCAGGGGCAGAAGCAGGUUUUCAAGCAGUCGCACGGGCUGCUGGGCUCGCUCAAGCGCCAGGCGACAGCUCAGUGGGUCUGGGUGUUCAUCGCCCUGGGCAUCUUCAGUUCCGUCGUGGUGUACGUCGGCAUCAACCGCACCCCCGUGGCAGUGAAGGACGGCGUCAUGGCCGCGGUGCGCUCGCCGCUGAGCAGCCUGGGCGCGCUGUUGGGCGGCCGCGGCGGGCCGCGCUUCGAGGAGGAGGAGCCCUGGGAAGACCAGUGGCCGGACGCGCAGAAGCCGCCGCCAGGGGAGCAGCGGUGGCAGCAGUGGCAGCGGGAGAAGGAGCAGCGGGAGCAGCAGCAGAAGCGGCCGGCGGACCCCUGGGAGGACGCCAAGUGGCUGGACGCCGACGCUCCCGGCAACGAGCGAGUCCAGAGGGAAGGCGGCCGCAUCUGGGAGGCCGGCCGCGGCGCGGACGCAGCCGGCGCGGACGCAGCCGGCGCCGGCGGCGUGAUCUUUUCGGCCCCGCAGCAGCAGCAGGGGCCGACGGGCGGCGGCGGCGGCGGCGGCUACGCGGGCGGCGCGGCGACUGACGUGUACAGCUGGCAGCCGGAGCCCGUGACCGAGCCCGAGCAGCCGGCGACGCCCCUGCAGGUGCCGAAGGCGCGAGGAACGCUCGACGACCUGCUGGGCCCGCCGGCUGGCGGCGAGCCUGCGCGCGGCGGCACUCCGCAGCCGAGCGCGACGGAGGCAGCCUCGGUGGUUGACUCACCCCCGCCGGCCGCGCCCAGCCCUCAACAGGAGGAGCAGCCGCAGGCGCUGAGCCAGGAGCAGCGGCGGAGGCUGGAGGACGAGGUGGAGCGGAUUAAGGCUGAGUAUGAGGAGCCGGCGCGGCUGCUGGUGCAGCUGCAACAGCAGCAGGAGCAGCCAGAGCAGCAGCUAGAGCAGCUGCAGGGCCAGCAGCAGCAGAAGCCCAACCUGUCAUUGGAGCCUGAGCAACGGCAGGCGCUGCUUGACAGUGAGGUCGAGCGCAUCAGAGCGGAGUACGCUGAGCCUGCACGUCUGAUCGAGCAGCAGCUGCAGCAGCAGCAGCAGCAGCAGCAGCAAGAGCCAACAGCAAUAGACGAGCUCGCGGCGACCCCGUCUGCCGGUGAUACCGCGGCCGCGGAUGUUGAGGCCAAGGCGGCCCCCACCUCACAGCCUAACUGGGAUGGCAACGCACACGCGGCCCAGGAGGCCGCUACCAGUGAAGCAGCUUCCCGGCAACCUCCUUCAGUUGGAGAGGCAAUCGCGGAGGCAGCAUCGGCAGCACCGGCGGCUCCGCAGACACCAGUGGCUAAGCCGGCGACCCCAGUGGCAUCGGCUGCUCAGGAAGCAGCCGAGGGUGCAGCUGGAGGGCAGGCGGCUCGGGAGGCUGUGCCAAACGAUGAGGCGGCAGGCGAUCAGGCUUCUCAGGAGGCGGCUGCUGCCGAGCCAGCACCAGGGGAGGCUGCAGUGGCCGCCACAGCGGCAGCAGAGGCCCAGCAGGUGGCCGGGGAAGCAGCAGCAGCUGAGCAUGCCGUGCAGGAUGCGGCACCUGAAGCCGAGGCGGCAGCAGGCGAUGCCGAGGCAACAGUGGCAAAGGAGGCGGCACAGGAGGCGGGAGUGGCUGCCGACAACGCAGCCCAAGAGGCUUCAGCAGCAGAACAUCCGGCACACGACGCGGAGGCAGCCGCCAAGGAGGCAGCCGCCGAGCAGGCGGCGCGGGAAGCUGCAGCAGCUGAGCGGUCAGUGCAGGAGGCAGCAGCUGCUGCCGAGGCAGCUGCAGCUGAACAGGCGGCGCGGGAGGCGGCAGCUGCCGCCGAGGCAGCCGCUGCUGAGAUGGCGGCUCAAGAGGCUGCAGCAGCAGAACGAGCAGCACAGGAAGCGGCGGCAGCGGCUGAGGUUGCAGCAGCUGAGCAGGCUGCGCGGGAGGCAGCCGCCGCUGAGAAGGCGGCUCAAGAGGCUGCAGCAGCAGAACAAGCAGCACGGGAAGUGGCAGCAGCUGAGCAGGCGGCGCGGGAGGCGGCAGCUGCUGCUGAGGCAGCCGCUGCUGAGAAGGCGGCUCAAGAGGCUGCAGCAGCAGAACAAGCAGCACGGGAAGCGGCGGCAGCGGCUGAGGUCGCAGCAGCUGAGCAGGCUGCGCGGGAGGCAGCCGCUGCUGAGAAGGCGGCUCAAGAGGCUGCAGCAGCAGAACAAGCAGCACGGGAAGCGGCGGCAGCGGCUGAGGUUGCAGCAGCUGAGCAGGCUGCACGGGAGGCAGCCGCCGCUGCCGAGGCAGCUGCUGCUGAGAAGGCGGCUCAGGAGAAAGCGAUGGCGGAGCAGGCAGCCCGAGAGGCGGCAGCGGCGGCCAAGGCUGCAGAAGCCGAGCGCGCAGCCCUCGAGGCUGCGGCAGCAGCUGAAGCGGCUGCCGCUGCGUCCGAGCAGGCGGCUCGCGAGGCAGCAGCGAUUGCCGAGGCCGCAGCUGCUGAGAAAAAGGCCCGGGAUGCGGCGGCGGUACAGCCCCCCGCUCGCGAGGCGGCACCCGUGCCGGCUUUGGGAGUGCGUGCGCAGGCGCUCGAGGGCAUCAAGCAGCGCCGGCACAAGGUAGCCUCGAGCCUGCUCGCGUCGCUCAGCGGCGGCGCCAAGCAGGCCGGGGCUGCGGCAGCCGCGGCGAGCGGCGACCCACUGCGCGUGGACCCAGCUGCUGUCCCAUCGCGGCGGCUGCUGUGGGUGGAUGAGGGCUCGCUCGACGGGCCGCUGGAAGACGAGCGGUCGCCGCCGCCCCCGCCCCCGCUGUUUCUGCAGGGGCAACGGCAGCAGCAGCAGCAGCAGCAGCAGCAGCAGCAGCAGCAGCAGCGCACGGGCAGCGGCUGGCGCCUCCUGCCGACCUUCCUGCCCGGCGCGGCCGCCGAUUCUUCCGCGAACGCCCGCGCUUUCACAGCUCGCGCGGCCGCCGGGGAGCAGCGGUUGCCGCAGGCGGACCCGCUACAAGCGGAUCUGCAGGACUUCCCCCAGAUCAAGAUGAGCUUGCUGCCAGGGGAUGAGGAGUUUGAGGGAGCCCACGUUGAGGCGCUGCUGGCAGAGCAAGAGGCGGCGAUGGCUGCCGCCGGCGACGACGAGGAAGGCGCCGGCGGCUAUGCCGAGGCGGGCGCGGCCGGCGACGACCUGGACGAGGAAGUCAGGCGGAAGCUGCGGGCGCUGCGCUUGCGGCGCGGCGGCGGCGGGGAGGGCGGCGCGGGCGGCGACGAGGACGACGAUGGGGAUGAUGGGGAUGAUUACCCUUAUGGGGAGGAUGAUCUUGAGGGGGACGCGGAUGACGACGGGGCGGAGGCCACAGGGCGACAGGACAGAGACGGUGAGCUGUAG